CCUAGACAGUACCCGGAAGUGCACGCCUAGGAACCCGAGUUUUCAGUGGAGCCUGAAGUCACUUACAGGGCGGAGCACAAGGAUCCCGCAGGGCGAUGCCUGCCCGUCUCUUGUGUUGUGUUCUGAAGAAUUUUUAGAGAAGAUCUUGGCCUUGGAACAGCACCGGGGAUUGGACCCAGCCUAUGGAGAAGCUGCUUGAACAUGUCCCCGGAGUCCCUGUUUCCAUCCCCCGAGCAGGAGCCUCGAAAGAGCAAGGAGACCAUGUGGAGCAAACCUGCAGGAGCACUAUCUUAGCACUAAGUCUUGAGGAGCUGUCAUUCCAGUACCUGCUAACUUGUUUGGCCUUUGGAGAAGCUCAGUGAAUGUCAGUGAAUAAAUAAAUGAAUGAACCCAGCAAAGUCUCAUACCCCAAGUAGCAGGAAAAGAGUGGACUCCUCUCCUCACUUUACCCAAGCUCUCCUUCAUCAUUAGGGAAGAGACGUUUUCCACCCAAGUUCACAGUGCCCACUGGAUUUAGUCCAUACUUCAUAACCUGGCAUUCAGGAUCUUCUGCAGUGUGGCCACAACCCAACUUUAAAGUCUUAUCGCUGUUUCUCAAGGCAAACCCAGCAAGAGUGGUCUGCCUGUACAGAUGAGAAAACUGACACCCAGGAAAGAGAAGUGACUUACUUAAGGUCACCCUGCUGGUAAUGGCAGAGCUCGAAUUCCGAUUCAGAUCCUGCCAACUCUAGAUUGCUCCAAUUCCGACUCGGUUCUGCGCACCGGAGAGCGAGGCCCCUACGCACCAGCCCCAGAGGCCAGGUUCCCCCAGCCAGAUACCAGUUAUCAAGAGCCUGUGAAUUCCUGUCUUUUUCAUACCUGAAUCGGCCCCCAUUGGCCUAAGCUGGGCAUGGGACGUCCAGUGAUGCUGACUUUAGAGGACGAUGACAUGAAGGGCUACACAUGGGCUAUAGCCCCGGCCUUGACUGCCUUGGGUUAUUUGCUCAUAGUCCUAGUCGCCAUCUUCCCUUUCUGGGUACGCCUUGUGAAUGAAGAGUCCCGUGAAGUGUUUUUCAGUGGCUUGUUUGAGAACUGCUUUCAUAUCAAAUGCUGGAAGCCUCGACCCUUAUCCAUUUACAUCAUCCUCGGCCGAGUUUUCCUGCUCUCUGCAGUCGUCUUGUCUUUCCUCACCACCCUCAUCAUGGUGUCCUUUGCGUCUCAGCUCUUUCCGAGGACCCGGAAGCACAAUUUUGUGUCAGCCUUCAUCAGCUUCCUCACAGGGGCCUGUGCUUUCCUGGCCUUGUUGCUGCAUGCCCUGGAGAUCCAGAGUCUGAGGAUGAAGCCCAGUCCCCCCCAGUUCUCCGUGCAGUGGCCUUACUACAUCCUGGGCUUAGGCACCCUUCUGUUCAUAGUGGCUGGUACCAUCUGCCUCUUUCAAGAAACAGCCUGCUUUAGGUGCUGUUUGUUGCCCAUUUCCCAUAAAAUUGAGGCGACUCAAGAAAUCUCGGACCUUGACAAUCUGGAAAGUUUGGAAGAACUAAGCUCAAUACAAAAGGAGACACUAUUGAAGGAAGAGACAAUUAUCUAGUCCAGAAGAGUCUGUCCUCUGCCAUUUGUCAAGCUGUGUGUUUUCAAUAAAAGGAGGACUACUGCCUAUCAAUCCAUACCUCAAAAACCCAGCCUGGAGGGCAGGAAGGGGAGGCAGGAAUAUAACAAAAUUUUAAAGUGAACUUUCAUAAAACAAAAAUUGAACAGAAUGUAACCACAACAAAAGGUGUUUGAAUUAGUCACAUUAAAAAGAAAAAAUGAUGUCCCCAUACAAAA